UAAUCUUACAAAAAAUACCCCAUCCCCAAACGAAACCCUAGCACUUACUCCCUCAUUCUCCUUCCCUUCAGAGUUCAGAGAGACUGAGACUCUCCCCCAUCCUUGUCUCCUUCAAGCUUCAGCUCCACCUUGCUACUCUCCCCCAUUCUCUUUCGUGACUUCAUCCUUCCUGGCCUCCUGAAGAACCGAACGGCUGAACCCACCUUCCAAAACGGCAGCCACCUCAGCUCUGUCUCUGUCACCUCGGUUCACCGCCACGCCGCCACCGCACGCUCACCUCCGUCGCCGCGCCUCUCGCCGGAUCCACCAGCUCUCCUCCGCUCGCGUCUCCUCCUCCGGCCGCCUGCAUCUUGCUCGCGUCUCUGUCUCUGUCUCGAGCUGUGCUUCCUGCAGCCUUGAGCUCUCUUCGUGGUGUGCUCCACUGCUCCACUGCUCCACUCUCUUUCCUGCCGGUUGAAUUGAAAUGUUGAAUUGGUUUUGAAUUGCUGAAUUAGUUGAAUUGGUUUUGGAUUGGGUUCUGACAACUAUGUCCAGAAUAGUUGGUUGUGCAUUCUGGGAACUUUGAUUUCUUUUAUUUGAAAGGAAGAAACGAUGGUUUUUGGGCAAGUAGUUGUUGGACCUCCUGGCUCAGGCAAAACAACUUACUGCAAUGGCAUGUCUCAGUUCCUCAAUCUUAUUGGAAGGAAGGUUGCUAUUGUCAAUUUGGAUCCUGCUAAUGAUUCAUUACCCUAUGAAUGUGCUGUGAACAUUGAGGAGCUUGUGAAACUCAGUGAUGUAAUGGUGGAACAUUCUCUUGGUCCAAAUGGGGGUCUCGUAUAUUGUAUGGAUUAUAUAGAGAAAAAUAUCGACUGGUUGGAAGCAAAAUUGGAACCACUUCUAAAAGAUCACUACCUACUCUUUGAUUUUCCUGGCCAAGUGGAACUCUUUUUUCUUCACUCAAAUGCCAAGAGUGUUAUCAUGAAACUCAUUAAGAAAUUGAACCUAAGGUUAACAGCAGUGCAUCUGGUUGAUGCCCAUCUUUGCAGUGACCCUGGGAAGUAUGUCAGUGCAUUGCUUCUAUCCUUAUCAACAAUGCUACAUUUAGAACUCCCUCACAUAAAUGUCUUGUCAAAAAUUGAUUUAAUUGAGAGCUAUGGGAGGCUAGCCUUUAAUCUUGAUUUCUAUACAGACGUAGAAGACUUGUCAUAUUUACAACACCAUCUUGAUCAGGAUCCUCGCUCUGCGAAAUACAGAAAGCUCACAAAGGAAUUGUGUGAAGUUAUUGACAACUUCGGUCUUGUGAGUUUUACAACCUUAGAUAUUCAGGACAAAGAGAGUGUAGGAAAUUUAGUGAAGCUGAUAGACAAAAGCAACGGGUACAUAUUUGCUGGCAUAGAAGCAAGUGCAGUUGAAUUUAGCAAGAUUGCUAUUGGUCACAAUGAUUGGGAUUAUUACAGAGUUGCAGCAGUGCAAGAGAAGUAUAUGAAGGAUGAUGAAAUUGAUUAUGAUGAUUAAUAUGGAGGAACAUUGGAGAGAAAAUGACGCGUUGAUAGUGCGAUGCCGAUUUCUGUAGAGUUUGAUUUUCUCUUGGGAAAAUAAUGAAAACAGGGAGAGUAGAGCAUCUGCAUUUUGGUUACAUGGCUUGUUCAACACCAACAAAAGCAGCUAUAAAAACUCUGUACAUGUUUGUGGGAGGUAGGACCAAUUUGUGAAAAAGAGAUAUCAUAUUGUUUUAUGUCUCGUUGACAUCAGAUCUUAAGAUUAUAGAAUCAUUAAAUAUAACAAGGUUUUAUGCCAGCAGCCAACACAUCUAAUUUUAUUAUAUCUGAUAUCCAAAUUACAUUUUGAAUGAACUCCACCAACGGUUGAGAGUGUUUAUUUUA